AUGCCUAGCGAUAGUAAAAAAGAUAAAGGAGAGAAGAGAAAAUUCUCUGGCAUUUUAAAUACACUAUGGAGGGUUCCAUGUUCCAUCUUUUUUAAAUCCCUUUCUCCUUUUCACACAUCAUACACUGUGGCCAUUGCGCUCAUUUGUAAGAUUACGUGCCUUUUGCAUAAAUCACUCUGCAAGAAAAAGAUACAAGUUCAGGUAACGCUUUUCUGUGGAGCGAAAAUGGAAGGAGACGUGAAUGAUGAAGGUGGGGAGCACACUGUAAAAGGUAAGAAUAUUGGCCGCGGUAAAGACAGAAUUAAUGGCUGCAGUAAAGGUGGAAGUAGAAGAGGAAGUAGAAGCGGAAGUAAAAGCAGCAGCAAAAGAGGAAGUAAAAGCGGUAGUAAACAGGAAAGUAUCAACAGCAGUAUCAGUAAUAGUAAAAAUAGCAGUGCCAAAAAUAGUAAAAUCAGUAAGAACAGUAGUACCAACAGUAGUAAAACAAUCAGCAUAAGUAAUAGUAAAACUAGUAGUGCCAAUAGCAGUGCCAAAAGCAGUUGCAGCAAAAUGGACGUGAAGUCUUCCACUGGUGCGCGCACCCCAAAUUACAACGGAGGAGACCCUUCCGAUCCAAGAAACGAACUGCACAUGCACAAUGCGAAUCAGGAAAAUUGCGUAAAAACACAAAAAGAUAAUAUAAAAUUCACACAGGUAAAUAAUUCCCAUACGAAUUACGAUAACCGAGCAGUUAGACAUAACUACGACGCAAUUACACCUAAUGAAAUAAAUGCAAACAACGCAAAUAUGUGUUUAUCAAACAAUAGCGCUAUGAAUUAUCACCACCAAAUUCGCGAUGGUAAUAACAAUUUAAUGAAACCAAAUAAUGGGAAUUACUUAGAUUCUAAUACACUAAAUUCUAACCAUGUCUACAACAUGAAUAAAGUGUACAUUGACGGAAAUCCAUUCGCCAUUAAGACAAGCACAACAGACAAUAAUUUACUAAACAUGAGUUCUGCUUAUUUCAACAAUGCAAUGAAAUGUUCCGAUUACCACAAUACUAACAACUGCAUAUAUCAUACUGGCAUGCUAAACACGAGCACAUCAGAAAAUCAAAAAAUUUAUUCCAACAACUCAAGUCCGCAUAAAAAUGAUUACUUGAAAUAUAACCUGUAUUCUGUCAAUUCUAUACAUAAUAAUCUGAAUUUUUCUAACAUAUCCAAUUCUAAUAACGUGAACUACAACGUAUUCAAUAGCAACGUCACCACCCCAGCAUCAGAUGCAAUGAACUAUAACCCCAUAAACAGCUUAUACAAUGUAAAAUAUACAUCUAACAUGCUCGAUUCUACACCGGUAAAAAAUAUAAACUUGUUCAAGGUGAAAGAUCCCAAUUUUAGCCACUCCAACAAGGUAUUCCUGCAGGAUUCUGAUUUGUCUAACAAUUCCUAUAGAAAAUUAAAAAAUGAAAAUUUGUCCCCAAACUAUUCCACCCCCGUGUAUAAUGUAGUCUCAGUAGAGGAUUCUUCUAAAUACACUUCCAAUGAUCGUAGCAAAUUCCCAAAUAAAAAGCUUCUAAAAACUAAUACUUCAAAUAGCAGUGAUUCCAGCGUAGCGAAGGAAAACGAGAAUGCGCCAGUUUCAUCAGAACCUGGUAUCGCAGGCAACGAUAGAGCGAAAUUGCAAACUGGGGGAAUUCAGAAUUGUGAAGAAGUCGUGUCAGGGGAAAGUGCGGAAAAAACUCAUCCACCGGAAAGAGCAAAGCGUGGUCACAAACACGAACGAGGAGGAGCACGCAAAAACGACGCAGACAUGGAGGAAGAGAAACAGCGGGACAAAAGAAAGAAAAACGCACACGUAAUAAGAGACCAUUCAAAUACUCAAAAUAAAAAACAUAAAAACGGAGGAAAUUCAUCAAACGCAGAUGUCACAUGUGGAAAACAAAAAGGAAAGCCUUCUGAUCAAGACAAAGAAAGCUACGGCAGGGAGGAUAAAUCAAGAGAAAAAUCCAACACAAAUGAACGGAAAAAAAAUUCAAAGGAGGAAAACUUUGUAAUAACCACAAGAACAAAUCAAAGGAGUAGAAGAAGUGUAACAAAUGAAAAUAAGCAAUUGACGGAUGAACAGCAAAAUUCCAAUUGUAAAAAGGAUACACACAGAAGCAGUUACAAAAAGGGCGCAAGAAAAGUCCCCUCAAAAGGAAGCAGUAAAAAUCAAAUAGUUAGUAAAAAGCAAAUAGUUGUUCAUAAAAGAAAUAGCCAAGUUUUGACAAAUAUAAUGAAUUUCCAUGGCUCGGAUGCAGAUAUAAAAAAAAGAGAUGCCAUCUCUCAUAAAAAGAAAUAUAACACAGAAAACACAAAAGGUGACGAAUUCCCCGGCAUGGUUAAAACCAAUACGAUAAAAGAUAGGUUGAGAUCACGCUCAGCAAAAGAACAGGCAGAAAAAAAUAAAGCCUUACAAGAUAGUACAAAUGGGAAAAAUUUGUCGAAAUAUGAUUUCCUUAUAAAUCAAAAUGCCGUUUUUAAUAAGGUUUCCAAAGAAAAUAAAAAAGAAGAAAAAAAAAGAGGAACUUCCCCGAAAAAUUGUGAAGAAAAAUGCACCGAUUCGAAACAAGUGCAAAACAAUAAUAUGGCGGAAAAAAAAAGAAAGCUAAAAGACAUCAACCAAGGGAAAUGUAACUCAAAAGGUGAGCCCGUCGAGGAAGUGGUCAGCCAAAAUGAAAAAAAAAAGAAAAAAUUGAAAACAUUGAAAACGAAUGAGGAUCCAAAGGAUCAAAAUAAUGCCGAUGAUUUAAGCAGUGAAGUUAACACGAAUGGCAAUAACCAUGAAGACAAACGAAACGAAAAAACUCGUCAAGACCAAACGCAUGCCUCCGAUGCCAACGCGGAGGGAAAUAAAAAUUGUGAUAAAGCAGAAAAAGGGGAUGUUAUCAAAGAGGAGAAUCUCCCUGCAAAGAAGCAAAAUGAUAAAAUAAAUGAAGCAGGUGCGUUAAAGGUGGAAAGUCGCAAAAAGGAUGAUAAGGAAACGGAACAAGCAAAAACAAGUGAAAAAGUGAAAAAGACCCAACAGGCUCAACAGGUCCAAAAUGGACAAAACCUUCUAGCAAUGCAAACUACAUUACUCCAUAAAAUGAAAGAAAAAAACAAUGCAGAGGGAACGGACACAAAGGAACCAAGCGAAGUAACGGUCGAAACGGAGGAGGUUGUAACGGGAGAAAGUAAUCUGGACAAAGCCGAUAAAAAAGAGGCGUCCUUGAAAGGGAAAAAUUCACAAAAACAGACAAAAAAUCCUUUGGAGGAAAAAAAACCUAUUAAAGAGGCCGGUAGAGAAACAUGCAGUAAUGAAGGUGGUAAUGCGGAAAAGGCUUUUACUCAAAUGAAACUUCCGCAGAGAGAAAUCUCCGAAGAGAAAGGACUUAAAAAAGAAGUGGAUAAACCAGGUAAUCAUGAAAGAUGCGAAAAGAAAAGAGCAUCCCAAAUGAAGAAAACGAUCGAAAGUAAAUGCGAAGCAGUUGUAAACGGGAAAGAAGCGGUCGCCAAAGAAGAUGUAGCAAUACUACCCAGAACACAGAAAGACGCCGCCGUCGACGCACUAGACGGGUAUAAAAAAAAGGAAACCGUUGUAAUAAAAGAUGAACCAAAAGGUCGCAAGCGGUUAAGCAAAAAAAACGGUCCCAUGGGGGAGGGGAAGAAAGGGAGAAUAGGAAACACCACGGAACUUAAACCAAAGGUAUGUGAUGCACAGCCCGCAAAGGACGACUCUGCGGAAAAAUUAAGGAUGUCUAAUAGUGUUCAUGAGGAUGAAAAAGAAAAACUUAAGGAUGAAAAAAUAAAUACAAGCAAUCAAAAUGAAAAGGUAAUUGAUAAGGACAAUUAUAAAAUUACGGACUCAGUGAUUUAUCCCAAUGAUCCCAAAAUUGCUCGGGUAAAUCGUAAAAAAAAAAAAAGUGUGAAAGACAUGGAGCAAGAUAUACAGUCAGAGACAAAAGAGAAGAGCGAUUCGGUAGAUGGAGAGGAAAAGAAGAUUUGGUCAAACUUAGGCUACGUCAACUACGUAGAUAACUUUGUUGGAAAGGGUUCCUACGGAAACGUGAGGAAGGCUUUAUACAACAUCGAGAAGAACACAAAGGACUUAAAAUUUUAUAUUGACAAGAUAAACAGUCCAGAAUUUGCACACCUGUUAAAGGAAUGUAGCAGAAUGAAUAACAUGGAACACGCUGACGAAAAAGACGCAACGGAACUAAACCACGAGAUGCCCUACAGUAGUAACACCCGCAGUUUGAAAAGGAGAAGACCCAAUUCGCUUUCCUUAAAUAAUGGAAGUCUCGCAGUUAGUAACGCAAGGGAAGUCAACAAGGAUAUCCAAAAUGAUACCUCAAAUUGUCAAAUGAACAAAGGAAAAGAACCCCGGAAUUUGCAAGAGCCUAUUUUAGAAGAACAUGAAAGAAAAAAACUAUGCCCUUGCUGUGACCGCAAAGGAAACGUCCAUCUAGCCAUAAAAGAAAUAGACGUUAAUCGAAAAGGAAAUGACUUUCAAUUCGUCAGAGAACAAGAACUAAUGUGCCACUUCAACAGCAACGUAAUUAAACCUAUAGGCACAAAAAAUGGAAACUUAAAGGAAAGACGGAAUUAUGAAAUAUUAAUGCACUGCGCUAAUGGGGACUUGAGAAGAUUACUUCAAAAUUUAUUAUUACACAGAAAAAAAGAAUUUGAAAAAAGAAAAAAAAUUAACAAAAUCCUGAAACUGAUACAUAUAAUUUUUGGCCAAAAAUACAAAUGCUACAAAAAUGAAAAUAAAGGGGAAUAUACUUGUAUAGGUCUAUGUUAUCAAAAAUUAAAAAAUCUAAAAAUGAAGUUAAAUAACACCAUAGUAGAGGUAGAAUUACCUGCACUGGACUUGAUAUAUGAAAGUAUAAAGGUAUACAAUUGUGGACUAACCGAAUUGGAGUGUAAAUUCCUCUUCUUCCAAAUAGCAAACGGAAUUAGUUUCCUUCAAACAUGUUACCAAUCUAACAUAAUACGCUUAACGGAUAUUAAGUUGCAAAACAUUUUGGUGUAUACAAAUGCUCGAAAUAUAUAUAAUCCUUUCAAGUGGCAUUUGUGCAUUUCCGAUUUUGGCUGUUCCGCAAUGGAAUAUGCAACUUACCACCUUGAAAAUAUGAGAGGACACACACAAAAGUACAAAAGUGCCGUAAGCCAGUGGAAACAUCAGUUAAUCAAUCAGCUCUCCUCCUUCUUCCAAGGGACAGUUUACACCAUGGCACCUGAAGGGUUAUGCUACGAUCAUAAGGGAAAUUUUAGAAAUUCAAAAUAUAACUCCUUGAUGCAUUUUUAUCAACAAAAUUUUGGAAACAUAGAUGUCAGAUUUGAACAGCUCCAAGAAUCCGUACAUGGGGCGUUGGGCAAUGCUAAGGCAGAUAAAGUACUUAAUAUAAAUUCGAGUAUAAACUUUGAUUUCAAUGAUGAGGUGAAAACGCAAGACAAGGAAAAAGCACCUCAAGAAAAUCCUGAUGGCGAUAACAAGGUUGAGGGUGAAAUGGAAAAAGAAAAUAAUACACCCAGUGAGAAAGAUGUUUCACAAAAGAAAGAGCUAACCUCGGAAAGAGACAACACGGAACAGGUAGGUAACCAAAAGAACAAAGUGCAAAUUCAAGGGAAAGCUAAAGGACAGAGGGAAGUGCAAGUUAAAGAACAAGGACAAGGAAAAGCUGUAGGAAAAGGUCAAGGAGAAGCACAAGGGAAAAACACUCAAAACGAAAGCAACAAAAAGAUGAAUAACACCUCAACGGAAUAUUUCCCCUUCGAUGUAAGAUGCGACAGCUGGGCCCUAGGUAUCAUCCUAGCCGAUUUAGCGAAAUGCGGAAUAGGCUCUUAUGAUUAUAUGGCAUCAGAAAAGUUCAGCGAAAGUUACAUGAACUCUAUGGCGAACGAUAAAAAUGUGGACCUCAAUAGAAUAAUAAUGGACAACUUGAAUUUCUCAAAGGGUGAAGAAGUUUUUUAUCUGCAGUCUAUAAUGCACUACUACGACAUAGCCAGCAUGGAGUGGGACGAUUUAUGUUUAGAGAAUGAGGAGCUAAAAAUGCGUGAACGAAGAAGGGACCAAGGGGAUGAACCCAAGUGGGGGAGCACUACAGAGGAGACGGGUGCCAACGCAAUGAGCAAUGCAGUGAACAAUGCAGUGAGCAACGCAAUGAGCAAUGCAGUGAACAAUGCAGUGAGCAACGCAAUGAACAACGCAAUGAACAACGCAAUGAACAACGCAAUGAACAACGCAAUGAACAACGCAGUGAACAACGCAGUGGGUAGUUUGGAAAACCACCCUAGCGACAACUCCAUCGAGAGAGACAUACACCAGUGUUCAGACAAGCCAAGGGGAAAAAGACGCAGAGACAAUAGGUGCUCACCAAGCAGAAGCAACAGUGCCAAGAAUGAUUCCAAAGGCGCCAAAGAGAUGGAAAUAAAAUUUGAGGAUAAUUUAAAUGAUUUUUCAAAGACAAGUAAAAGAAACCCUGCUUUGAAAAAAAAUGACGCGCAGAGUGAUGAAGAAAAGAAUCACAUUGAAGAGAACAAUUGUGAAAACAGGAAUAAAAAGAAAAAAGAUGAUGAUAGCAAUUAUGAAAACCUAGACUUGUUUACAAACCACUACAAGGAAUUCAUCUUGAAAUACAAAGAUGUCUUAAAAGAAGAUAAACUUCCAUAUAUGAAAUAUGAGUUUGUGAAAUAUUAUAAGUCUAAUAAACAUUUGAUAACUGAAAAGAAUAUAGAGAAGAAAAUUUUAUUCCUCUUUCUAAUAAUUAAUAACAACCUAACGUACAGUUACUACCACGAGUAUCAGUCCUUCGUUAGAAACGAGCUAGCCAUUAAGAACAUUGGGUCAGGCAUCUUCAAAUUUAGGAACCAAAAAGAAAAGGAAAAAUAUCUCCUAGACUUUAAGGCCAACUUGCAAAAGGAACACAUGAAUGGAAAUAAGGAGUACUGGCAUAGUCGACUGACCAAUAAAUAUUUGGCCUAUAUUUUAAAAGAAGUAUGCCAUAAAAAUUUCUGUGAUAGAAAAAAAAAUAUAAAAAGAUGUUUCAGCAAAUUUGAGUACCCCCUAAAUUAUAGUGAUGACUACUGGAACUUAUUGACUGAGCUUUUGAAUUAUGUUCCUUAUGAAAGAUUACUAUCCUGUGAAGUUAUUGGACACGAUUUUUUCUCAGAUCCAAAUGAAAAAAUUAAAGACAUCGUAGCUACUGUAGACAAUGAGUCUCUAGAUUUGUUUGCCCAAAAGGAAUUCAUGCAUAUCAUAUCGAAGAAUUAUGUUCAAGAGGAGAAGGAAAAAAAAUAUGUCUUCAAGCCUUUUCUACGGAAAACUGAAGGGAAAACUGCAACAGACGCAAGCGGAUCCAAGGUGGGACAUAAUUUUCUUCAGUUGCGUGCAAAGUCUGUAGAAAGACGAGUCAAUACAGGAAGAGAAAAAGAAAGGGGCUUGUCAAAAGUGAAUUUGGACAUGGAAAAUGAAAAGAAUGCCAAUCAGCAAAAGAAAUUUAUGAUGUCCAUGCACAGCACCAUCAAUGAGCACAUGAAAAAAGGGUGCGAUUUUUGCGACAACAUAAAGGACUGUCUGAAUUACAGAAACAUUUUAAAGAGGAUCGACAAUGUGCAACCCCCCCUUUUAAUGGUUAAGGGAAGAGACCAAAGAGGUGUGAGCAGAACGCGGGGAAUAAGUCCACCUGCAAGAAGUGAACAAUUUUGGCGCCACCGAAUCAUCUGCAACAAUGUGUAUUAUUUCCUAAACGAAGCGCCCAUUUUUUCGCAGCUCACAAAAUUAGACAUAUUCAUGAAGGCGCACCUACCAUUCGAGCAUCUGUGCCUACCCAUGUGCGAUGAAAAAACGAACAAGGAUAAAUUACAAGUGAACUUCUUCUUCAAGCCAAUGUACUUUUAUUCGUUCCCAUACAAAAUUAUACAUGCAUGGUAUACGGGUCCCCUGCACAUCUACUUGAAGCACCCAGACAUUCCUGAUUACAUCAACUCAAUAUGUUUAAGAGAAUCCUACACUUUAAGAAGGAAAGAAAUUAUUUUUUGGGAUUGCGAAAAUAUCGUUAUGCAAAGUGCACUCAAACUUAAGCAGCUUUUAAACUGCUCCGAUGAUUUCCUUUGCACCCCUUAUGUGUCCCAUAUAAUAGGAAAGCAUUUGCUAAUUAGAAAGCAAUUCCUUUUAAAGAAUGUUGAUAAAAAAGAAAAAGAAAAUUCCUAA